GCAGCACGACAGCGUCCCCGCCCUGUCCCGGUCUGCACGCGCUGCACCGACUCUCCCCGGUUUGUUUCUCAUUUAAAUCGGUUUGGCUUCUCUCUCAGUUCUUCAGUCCGUCUCUGUUGACUCAGUUCGGUUCGGUUCGGUCCGGGUCUGAUGGCGGCUAACCGGGUGGGGCGGCGGGUGAACCGGGUGUGCGGCAGCCCGUCACCGAGCCGGGAUUCGGGUCAGAACCUGCAGCGGCGGCAGGCUCGGGUCACCGUUAAAUACAACCGGACAGAGCUGCAGCGGCGCCUGGACGUAGAGAGCUGGACGGACCGGGGGCUGGAGCAGCUGUACCGGGGCAGGGAGGAGCAGAUGCCUGAAGAGCUGAACAUUGAUGAGCUGCUGGACCUGAAGACUGUGGAGGAGAGAACACACAGACUGCAGAACAUCCUCCAGUCGUGUCCCAGCAGCACUGAGGUUUUCAUCAGUGAGCUGCUGCUGAAGCUUCAAGGUUUACAGAAGCAGGAGGAUCUGCACAACGACGGCAUUGACCUGCCACAGCUCCACAUCCUCUCCACCCGCUCCCAAUCAGCCCACAGGGAGGCGCUGCACUGAGAUAUCGAGCGUCCCCCGACUGAUCCCAAGACCCACAGCACCCCCUACCACUGGAGCAGAAGGAGCUGGUGUAUGAAACAAACACACCUUAACCUCUAUCCAACAUACCCAGAGUCACUCCACCCGAACACCCUGAGGAUCAGUACAGCAGCAUCGACUAGUACAGUCUGAGAGCCUCAAAACAGCAUCGAUUAGUACAGUCUGACAGCCUCUAAACUGCAUGGAUUAGUACAAUCUGAGAGCCUCUAAACAGCAUGGACUAGUACAGUCUGAGAGCCUCUAAACAGCAUCGAUUAGUACAGUCUGAGAGCCUCUAAACAGCAUCGAUUACUACAGUCUGAGAGCCUCUAAACAGCAUCGACUAGUACAGUCUGAGAGCCUCUAAACAGCAUCGAUUAGUACAGUCUGAGAGCCUCUAAACAGCAUCGACUAGUACAGUCUGAGAGCCUCUAAACAGCAUCGAUUAGUACAGUCUGAGAGCCUCUAAACAGCAUCGAUUACUACAGUCUGAGAGCCUCUAAACAGCAUCGAUUAGUACAGUCUGAGAGCCUCUAAACAGCAUCGAUUACUACAGUCUGAGAGCCUCUAAACAGCAUCGACUAGUACAGUCUGACAGCCUCUAAACAACAUCGACUAGUACAGUCUGAGAGCCUCUAAACAGCAUCGACUAGUACAGUCUGAGAGCCUCAAAACAGCAUCGAUUAGUACAGUCUGAGAGCCUCAAAAUAGCAUCGACUAGUACAGUCUGAGAGCCUCUAAACAGCAUCGACUAGUACAGUCUGAGAGCCUCCAAACAGCAUCGAUUAGUACAGUCUGAGAGCCUCAAAACAGCAUCGAUUAGUACAGUCUGAGAGCCUCAAAAUAGCAUCGACUAGUACAGUCUGAGAGCCUCUAAACAGCAUCGAUUAGUACAGUCUGAGAGCCUCCAAACAGCAUCGAUUAGUACAGUCUGAGAGCCUCAAAACAGCAUCGAUUAGUACAGUCUGAGAGCCUCUAAACAGCAUCGAUUACUACAGUCUGAGAGCCUCUAAACAGCAUCGACUAGUACAGUCUGAGAGCCUCUAAACAGCAUCGACUAGUACAGUCUGAGAGCCUCUAAACAGCAUCGAUUAGUACAGUCUGAGAGCCUCUAAACAGCAUCGACUAGUACAGUCUGAGAGCCUCUAAACAGCAUCGAUUAGUACAGUCUGAGAGCCUCUAAACAGCAUCGAUUGGUACAGUCUGAGAGCCUCUAAACAGCAUCGACUAGUACAGUCUGAGAGCCUCAAAACAGCAUCGACUAGUACAGUCUGAGAGCCUCUAAACAGCAUCGAUUAGUACAGUCUGAGAGCCUCUAAACAGCAUCGAUUGGUACAGUCUGAGAGCCUCUAAACAGCAUCGACUAGUACAGUCUGAGAGCCUCUAAACAGCAUCGACUAGUACAGUCUGAGAGCCUCUAAACAGCAUCGAUUAGUACAGUCUGAGAGCCUCUAAACAGCAUCGAUUGGUACAGUCUGAGAGCCUCUAAACAGCAUCGACUAGUACAGUCUGAGAGCCUCAAAACAGCAUCGACUAGUACAGUCUGAGAGCCUCAAAACAGCAUCGACUAGUACAGUCUGAGAGCCUCAAAACAGCAUCGACUAGUACAGUCUGAGAGCCUCAAAACAGCAUCGACUAGUACAGUCUGAGAGCCUCAAAACAGCAUCGACUAGUACAGUCUGAGAGCCUCUAAACAGCAUCGACUAGUACAGUCUGAGAGCCUCUAAACAGCAUCGAUUGGUACAGUCUGAGAGCCUCUAAACAGCAUCGACUGGUACAGUCUGAGAGCCUCCAAACAGCAUCGAUUGGUACAGUCUGAGAACCUCUAAACAGCAUCGAUUGGUACAGUCUGAGAGCCUCUAAACAGCAUCGAUUGGUACAGUCUGAGAGCCUCUAAACAGCAUCGAUUGGUACAGUCUGAGAGCCUCUAAACAGCAUCGAUUGGUUCAGUCUGAGAGCCUCUAAACAGCAUCGAUUGGUUCAGUCUGAGAGCCUCUAAACAGCAUCGAUUGGUACAGUCUGAGAACCUCUAAACAGCAUCGAUUAGUACAGUCUGAGAACCUCUAAACAGCAUCGACUAGUACAGUCUGAGAGCCUCUAAACAGCAUCGAUUAGUACAGUCUGAGAACCUCUAAACAGCAUCGAUUGGUACAGUCUGAGAACCUCUAAACAGCAUCGAUUGGUACAGUCUGAGAGCCUCUAAACAGCAUCGAUUGGUACAGUCUGAGAGCCUCUAAACAGCAUCGAUUAGUUCAGUCUGAGAGCCUCUAAACAGCAUCGAUUGGUACAGUCUGAGAGCCUCUAAACAGCAUCGAUUAGUUCAGUCUGAGAGCCUCAAAACAGCAUCGAUUGGUACAGUCUGAGAGCCUCUAAACAGCAUCGAUUAGUUCAGUCUGAGAGCCUCUAAACAGCAUCGAUUGGUACAGUCUGAGAGCCUCUAAACAGCAUCGAUUGGUACAGUCUGAGAACCUCUAAACAGCAUCGAUUGGUACAGUCUGAGAACCUCUAAACAGCAUCGAUUAGUUCAGUCUGAGAGCCUCUAAACAGCAUCGAUUGGUACAGUCUGAGAGCCUCUAAACAGCAUCGAUUGGUACAGUCUGAGAGCCUCUAAACAGCAUCGAUUGGUACAGUCUGAGAGCCUCUAAACAGCAUCGAUUAGUUCAGUCUGAGAGCCUCUAAACAGCAUCGAUUGGUACAGUCUGAGAGCCUCUAAACAGCAUCGAUUGGUACAGUCUGUGAGCCUCUAAACAGCAUCGAUUGGUUCAGUCUGUGAGCCUCUCAACAGCAUCGAUUGGUACAGUCUGAGAGCCUCUAAACAGCAUGGAUUGGUUCAGUCUGAGAGCCUCUAAACAGCAUCGAUUGGUUCAGUCUGAGAGCCUCUAAACAGCAUCGAUUGGUACAGUCUGAGAACCUCUAAACAGCAUCGAUUGGUACAGUCUGAGAACCUCUAAACAGCAUCGAUUGGUACAGUCUGAGAGCCUCUAAACAGCAUCGAUUGGUACAGUCUGAGAGCCUCUAAACAGCAUCGAUUAGUUCAGUCUGAGAGCCUCUAAACAGCAUCGAUUGGUACAGUCUGAGAGCCUCUCAACAGCAUCGAUUAGUUCAGUCUGAGAGCCUCAAAACAGCAUCGAUUGGUACAGUCUGAGAGCCUCUAAACAGCAUCGAUUAGUUCAGUCUGAGAGCCUCUAAACAGCAUCGAUUGGUACAGUCUGAGAGCCUCUAAACAGCAUCGAUUGGUACAGUCUGAGAACCUCUAAACAGCAUCGAUUGGUACAGUCUGAGAGCCUCUAAACAGCAUCGAUUAGUUCAGUCUGAGAGCCUCUAAACAGCAUCGAUUGGUACAGUCUGAGAGCCUCUAAACAGCAUCGAUUGGUACAGUCUGAGAGCCUCUAAACAGCAUCGAUUGGUACAGUCUGAGAGCCUCUAAACAGCAUCGAUUAGUUCAGUCUGAGAGCCUCUAAACAGCAUCGAUUGGUACAGUCUGAGAGCCUCUAAACAGCAUCGAUUGGUUCAGUCUGUGAGCCUCUCAACAGCAUCGAUUGGUACAGUCUGAGAGCCUCUAAACAGCAUGGAUUGGUUCAGUCUGAGAGCCUCUAAACAGCAUCGAUUGGUACAGUCUGAGAGCCUCUCAACAGCAUCGAUUGGUACAGUCUGAGAGCCUCUAAACAGCAUGGAUUGGUUCAGUCUGAGAGCCUCUAAACAGCAUCGAUUGGUACAGUCUGAGAGCCUCUAAACAGCAUCGAUUGGUUCAGUCUGAGAGCCUCUAAACAGCAUCGAUUGGUUCAGUCUGAGAGCCUCUAAACAGCAUCGAUUGGUACAGUCUGAGAGCCUCUAAACAGCAUCAAUUGGUACAGUCUGAGGCUCUCUUCGUCUGAUUGCAGGAUGAAACUGAGAGGAGCUCUGAUGUUUUCCUGAUCUCUGAUUUCCAGAUCUUCAUCUUUCUGAAAUCUUCUGUUGUUUUUGUUUUUUAAAUGAUUUUAAAUAAAUAUGGAUUUGAAAUGA